CGACAUUUUUUGGGGGUCUUACUACUCACACGCUGCCUCCCCUCGUUCGCUACCUCGAGACCACCUCAGAAAACUUCGUCGCGCCCAUCGAUUUCUUUGCUGAACACGACGCUGUAGUCUCGUUUGCUUCCGAGGAUUCGCUGCGCUCGGUCACAAUGGCCACGCUUCCAACCACUUUCGACAAGCCCAUCCAUAUCGCCGUCAUUGGUGGUACGGGACUCGCGCAUCUUGAGGGGUAUGAGCCCGUGGCCGUCCUUAGCCCCGUCACGCCAUGGGGCUCUCCUGCGUCACCCAUCAGCAUUCUCUCGCACAACGGUGUCAACAUCGCUUUUCUUGCUCGGCACGGCGUGCAUCACCAAUUCGCCCCACACGAGGUUCCCAAUCGAGCCAACAUUGCUGCCCUCCGACACAUCGGCGUGCGCUGUGUGAUUGCCUUCUCUGCUGUUGGUUCCCUGCAGGAAGAGAUUAAGCCCAUGGACUUCGUGGUUCCAGACCAGGUCAUCGACCGAACCAAGGGCGUGCGACCCUUCACCUUUUUCGAAGGCGGUGUCGUCGGUCAUGUUGGUUUCGCGGACCCAUUCGACGCAGGCCUCGCUGCCGUGGUCAAGAGGUGUGCCGAGCACAUGGAGGGAGAGGGUGUCGUCCUCCACGACAAAGGAACCGUGAUCUGCAUGGAGGGGCCCCAGUUCUCGACGCGCGCCGAAUCCCACAUGUACCGGUCAUGGGGCGGCUCCGUCAUCAACAUGUCGACGCUCCCAGAGGCCAAGCUCGCGCGCGAAGCCGAGAUGGCGUAUCAGGUCAUUGCCAUGGCCACCGAUUACGACUGUUGGCACUCGUUUGAGGACGUCAACGUCGAAAUGGUUGGCAAGUAUAUGCAGGCCAAUAGCAAGAAUGCCAAGCGCCUUGUCGCCGGUGUCCUGGACCAGCUCGCGAAGCUUGACAACAGCGACUUGGUCAUGGCGAAGCACUGGGCCGGCGCAAGCCAGGGAGCUGUCAAAUUCAUGACCAAGCCAGAAGGACGGGACCCCGAGGCCAUGAAGAGAGUCGAAUACCUCUUCCCCGAAUUCUGGGAGGAGCCUUGAGUUUGGACUUGGCAAGACGGGUGGAAGAAAGCAGCGUGCAAGACAAAUGAGUGACAUAUUCUCGGAGGCCUUAUGGUGGCUAUUUAGACAUCGUUUGUCCCGCAUCUACUUCCAGCAUAUAGAGCAGACAGCGGGACGUGGAAACACGUCAUGGCUACUCGGAAUGAAGGCGUCGAUGUUGGAGAAGAGAAAAUGACCGACGGGGACGACACGACACCCUGGCUCAUGCCGUCAAGUGGCAGCAACCAAUGCAGGAGGGGCCUCCCUUACAGGCGUCUGCGGAAGCGAGUGGCAUGGCAUUCCAGUGAAACCUCGACUGGUCCGGGACAAGACGAAACCAUGGGCUCCAGCGGCUGCGCUGUGUCACUUCACACGCCCCCAUCACUACCGGUGUCACGGAUAAGUCGUUGUGUUGCACAACCCGUGUCACCGUGUACUGCCCACCAUGGGCGGGACCACUGCCGGCCCUAUGAAUAAGAAGAUGGUGUGCUGCAAAAACAGGCUUCUGAUCCCCAGAUUCAGG